CGCUCUCAAAAAGAGCAGUUCUGCGGGCUGCCGCGUGAGUACGGCAGGGCGCCCCCUUGUGUCGCAUCGCGGAAAGACACAUAGCCCCCCCUGCCCUGCCAAACAAAGGUAGAGCCGCUUUUCUCAGGUGUCACCGCCCCCGGAUCGGUGACAGUCACCGUCUCUGUGCGCUUCGCAGGCAGGCGCUGUUGCUCCGGCUGUGGGAUGCAUCAGGAGCUGUGGCUGAGGACCCACGUGUUGUCAUCCUCAAGGCCAUUAGCACUAUGACAUCUGCCAGCAGUAGGUCCUACACUGAUGUGAUGACAACCAUCUCUACCACAUCUGCCUCCAGCGGUACCGGUGAUGUGGUGUCUACUACAUCCAGAAGCAUGAAGCAAGCAUACAGCACAGAUGGUGUCAAAUCCCAGGUUACCUGCAGUCCUGCAUCACAGAACCAGCCCAAGUCCACUGUGCCCAGCACAGCAGCUAAUCCAGUCAAAGCCUCCAGAACCCACCAGGAACUACACAAAGAGCUGCUGCUGGCUUACAAAAAGGGGCUGGUGGUGUGCAGCAGGCCAGAGCUGCAGUUGGUACUGGAAAGACGGCGGAGAGAGCAGGCAGUGAAGGAGGAAGGGGAGCAGGGAAGGUCCCCUCUGGAGAAGGUGCUGCUCAAGAGGCAGCAGAUAAACCAGGAGAAAGAGAAACAGCAGGAGAAGGCCAAAGAUGACCCUCAGCUGUUGGAGAUUCUGAAAGUUCGGCAAAACCUGCGGAAGAUCCAUUCCACGCUGUACAAAACGCCCACUUCAUGAUAAUAUAUGGAGUCCAAUUGUUCUGCAAUAUGUAUUAUUUAAUGAUUAUGCCUCUUAAAAAUCCUCUUCGGUUUUGAGGGGAUGAAAUCCUAAUGGAUUUCUGUCUUGCUGACUUGGCAAAAUCACCACAUCGACUCCCAUCUGCCAAAUAGGAGUUCAGUCUCAAUGUUUGGAGGCACUUUUGGGAGACUAAUAAGUACAACUUGAGCAUUUAACUGUCAGUAUUUUGAUUUGGUCUGUUUUGACUCUGUCUUUUGCUCUCGCUGCAAUGCUGCGUUCUGUAAAUAAAAUGGACAUUUCACUCCC